CAUGCAAAUCCCACAUUUUCCCUUCCACCACCUCCUGUUACCCAUUUAACUUAUCUAGUCCAAUACAAACUAAAUCCAAACCCUACCCUUCGCCCCCUUCUUUGCGACAACUAUGCAUUAUUUCAAACCCUACUUUUCUCUCCUGGGAAACAAACACUCCACUCUGAUCUCCAAUUUGUUCUAAUUUCAACGAAAUCCUAAACAAUAAUUUGUCCUCUCAUAACGUUUUUAAUCGAAUCUCGUUUUUAACAUCUCGAUCUCUGAGUUUUUUUUUUUUUUUUAAUUCGUAUAUUUGUCGAUUCAACUUUUUUGUUAUUUGAUUUGGGGGAAACAGGGAGCAAUGGUGGGAGGAGGAAGCAGGAGAGAUGAAGGAUCGUUGGUGAUCAACAACACAAACGUGUUUGCGGCUCUCCGAAAGAAGAAGAAAUCUGACAAAGACCGAGGUUCUUCUAAAAAAUCUUCUUCCAAAUCUCAGCAACAACAACAGCCGCAGAAAGAACCCGAGCCGCAGGUGUUUUGGGCUCCGGCACCGCUCACUGUCAAAUCGUGGGCUGAUGUCGAUGACGAUGAUGAUUAUUAUGCUACAACCGCUCCUCCUCAGUCCGUUUGGGGAUCCUCGGAACCUUCUCAGAUUCAUGAUCACAAGACCGCCAUUGUGGAGGAUAGUGAGAGCGAAGAAGAUAUUUUAGACGAAGGUGAUGAUGAAAUGGAGGAAGAGCAUGACUAUGAACCAGAGGUUCAAGUACAUCCAGAACCAGUGCUAAAAAAGGCUCCUGAAGUUCCUGCACCACCCAAAGAGGCAGAAAGACAACUUUCAAAGAAAGAGAGGAAAAAAAAGGAACUUGCAGAGCUGGAGGCUCUUCUUGCUGAUUUUGGAGUUACACAGAAGGAGAGCAACAGCCAGGACGAGUCACACUAUGUUUUACCAGAAAAGAAAGAUGGAGAGGAAGAAAGGAAGGAAAAUCCUCCGGGAGAGUCUAAAAGUGCCAAGAAGAAGAAAAAGAAGGAUAAAUCAAAGGAGGGAAAAGAAUCACAGGAUCAGCUUACUAGCACAGAUGCCACCAAUGGGCCAGAUGAAGCUGCUGGGACUGAGCAGACCGAGGAGGAUGCAUCUGCUGUUGAUGUGAAAGAGCGGCUAAAGAAGAUGACAUCAAUGAAGAAGAAGAAAUCUAGUAAAGAGAUGGAUGCUGCUGCAAAAGCUGCUGCACAAGAGGCUGCUGCAAGGAGUGCAAGGCUUGCUGCUGCAAAGAAGAAAGAGAAGAACCAUUACAACCAGCAGCCAAUGCGAUAAAAGCCCCAUUUUGUUCGAGAUAAAUAUAUAUGAACAUAUAUUUCUUGUUGUUCAUAUGACAAUGCGAAAUAAACCGUGGGCUUUGCUUCCUUAAAAAGAUGACCAUUUAGCUGUAUUUGUAUGGACUAAAGAAAGUUUUAUCUUUUUUUUUUGUUUUGUAGCUUUUUGGAUCUUAUCGUUACUCAUUUUUCAUGGAACACAUUGCUAUGGCAGUUUUGUUUUCUAAAAGUUCUUCAUUGGACAACAGCUUAACUUAAUUUUCUGUGUUUUACAUAUACUUGCUGCUAAGAUUUUCGUGGAUUAGACAAUGAUAUGCUUGAUAUAGCAAAUCCGCAAUUUUGAGUUGUCAAUGCACCAUUAAUAUUCGCAGAGAACCUGUCGAGUAUUUGACUUAAUUUUGAAACCAUCAUUGUGAACGCUGCUUUGCUAAAGCUUUCUUCUCGUAUCCCCCAUCUCCCAUGAGUGUCAGAAGGUGUUUUAAGAACUGCUGCCAUC